ACUGUUCUUUGACCUGAACAAAAUGCCAAAAUGGUUUUCUUUUCUUUUUUCGGUUUUCUCUCUCUCUUUAUCAUUCCCUUUCGUCUUCUUCUCAACCCAGAAGAGGUAAUGAAACUUGUUGAGGAAGUUUCACGCAUUCACAGAGUUUUGCAGAGAAUAGAGCUAUGGAUGUUUUGUGCUGUGAAAUGAAACCACCAAGCUAAAGUCUUUCUCUUUCAUUCGGCAUGCUGUUGUAGAAGUGAGAAGGAAGAAGAAAGAGCUUUUUCCUCACGCAAACUCAACCCCUUUUUCGUAUUAUUUGGUCAAGUAUUUCUAUUUCAGCAAGUUCAUCACCUUGGAGUCGAACAAGGACUCACCCUUCUCUGUCACAAGGGUAUAGUACCCCCAACAACAUAAUGAAGCUACCCAAGGAAAAUAUCAUGCUUGAACAAUGCGAUACAUGCGGGGCUCGUGGUUUGAUAGAAAAAGUUGUUACUUGCUCUAAAUGCAGUGCAAUUCGACAUGUUUAUUGCAUUCAAAUUAAUACCACAAUAAUUCCUAAAGACUGGCUUUGUGAGACUUGCCAACCCAAGCAUGAUUCAACUUCACCUCGUAAAGUGAAUCAGGAUGUCGGUUCGUGUGCUAGUAAAAGGAAACAAUAUGUCAAAAGAGCCAAAGUGAAGUACCUUGACUUGGAUGAAGUCAUUAGACUUUCUUCUGCGAAGGCUUCUGGUGGAUCCAAAAAUGUUAUUUCCAAGAUUCCCUCCCUGACUGCAAAAUCAAUUCCUCCCAUAUUACCUCCUAAAGUACUUGGGAAGCUUCCAAGAAAUAAUGAAGUACACAAGAAGACAAUGACUAACCAACAUGAUUCUUGCUCAUUGUUUAAAGUAGUAUCAACCCAGGAGUGUAUAGAAGAAAAUCAGCAACCCUUUGGUGGACUGGUAGCUGGCAAAAAUGUACAGGCCCAUGAUCCUCAGAAAGAAAAGGCUACAAAAGAUGCCCCUUUUGGAGAUUUAUCAGCAACGAAAUCUUUCGCUAUUGUUGGUGGUGAACCUAGCGACCAUGCUGAGUGUAACAGGUCUAAUAUGGAAAAGAGUGACCCUCAGAGUAUUCAGAAAAACUUAAACCUUUAUCGUGAAUUUUUACCCUCCUCAAUUCAUGCUUGGAGACCAUUCUGUAGGGGUCAGAUCCAAAUUCUUCAAACAGCUGCAUCUAGCAUAAUUUAUGAUGGGUUUGAGGCCCAACCACCAUGCAUUGUUAACAAGAAAGCAUAUAAACUUUCAAGAGAAAUGCCAUCAGUCCUGCAACUGGAGUCACUUCCUGCAUUGAAUGUCUUGACUGACAUAUUCCCAGAUGAUUCUCCCAACCUUCAGGAUAUUGCAUUGUACUUCUUUCCAUCAGAACAUACUGAUAGGUUCAGAAAGGACCUGAAUGACAUAUUGAAGUUUAUGAAUGACAAUAAAGCAAUGCUAAGAAGUUUUAUUGGUGGAGUGGAGUUGCUAGUAUUUACCUCAAAUCAACUCGACGUAGACUCAAGGGGUGUUAUUGCUGAAGUAAAGGCUGGACAUUUCCUAUGGGGAGUCUUUCGCCAAUUUAACAGUGAUGAAGGCAUGGAGACAGUUGAUAUGGAAAUUGAUAUGAUUGGAGGAAAAGAUGUGGAGGGAAAAGUUGAUCGCAUUAUGAAAGAUAAACCCAAGAGGCUUAUUAUUUGAAAAGUGUAAUAACAGACUGCUUAUUAUUCCACUAUGUUUUGAAGCAUUUACCUUAAUGUCUGCAUGAAAAUUGCUACGUGCCACAUAUGUUUUGUAUUACACUUACCUUCAAGUUCAUUAUACAUCAUUAC